AUGCCUGAAGAUACUGAGACGGAGGAAGCAAACAUCAAACCUUGGAGUCUUCAGGCAGUGAAAGGUGCUGGGUAUACAGUCUCGAAAAACACAGGAGAUUUCAAUUCCGAGUUUUCUGAACUUUUUCAAAAUGAUCCGGAUCCAAAAGCUUCAAGCGAACUCCCAACCCCUGAAGCUGACAAAGUUUGUGAACCGGAAGCUUUGGCUUCACUGGUGGUGGUGACGAGAUAUGCCUGCCCCUGCUGCAAUACUUGCUUUGCCAAGUGGUCCGCAUGUCAAAAUCACAUUUUCAGCACGCCAAAGUGUCACAAGGAAGUGGUGAAUGACCCUGCGGAUGUUACAGACCUUCAGGCCCAGUGCAAGGGAAGGGCCGAGGAAUUGCCACCGAGUGGCCUGAAUGCUUCUGAUGUCGAUGCCACCGGACGUUUGCAGUAA